GUCAGGGGUCAGGGCCAGGGGCCAGGGCCGGAGCGGCGGCGGCCAAGGGAUGUCCGGCCUCUGGGCGCUGCUGGCCGCCGGCCUCUUAGCCGGCCCGCUGGCCGGCCUCGAUUCUCAGCAAAAACUUCUGCAUAUUACAGUUCCACAGAAGAUUUCGUCCAACAUAAGUGAAGAAUCAGAACUGAAAUAUGUGAGCUAUGUCAUUGAGAUAGAAGGCAAACAAUACACCUUGCAUCUUAAGCAACAAGCAUUUUUGCCCCAGGAUUUCAUGGUUUAUACCUACAGCAAAGAGGGAUCUUUGCAUUCGGAUUUCCCAAAUGUUAAGAUGCAGUGUCACUUCCAAGGAAAUGUUGCAGGUUUCCCCAAUUCUCUUGUGACUCUCAACACCUGUUCUGGACUCAGGGGAUUACUGCAGUUUGAAAAUAAGAGUUAUGGAAUUGAACCAUUGGAAAAUGCGGCAGGAUUUGAGCAUCUUGUUUAUCAAGUAAAGAAUGAAAAUGCCAAAAUUCCCCUCUUAUCAGAAAACAACACGGAAAGCAGGUAUAAGGAAUCUUCCUACAAAGUUCAUAUAAGUGAGGAAGAAGACCAAACCGGUUCAAGAUUAUUGACUCGGUAUCUGGAAAUGCAUAUUAUAAUGGACAAAGCUUUGUUUGAUUACAUGGGCUCUGAUAUGGUGGUUGUAACCCAGAAAGUCGUCCAGAUUAUAGGCCUGGUUAAUGCAAUGUUUACCCCAUUCAACAUGACUGUUGUACUGUCUUCAUUGGAGUUCUGGACAGAUAAAAAUAAAAUAUCCACCAUCGGAGAGGCUGAUGAAUUACUACAAAGAUUUUUGAAGUGGAAGCAUGACUACCUCGUCCUCCGGCCCCAUGAUAUGGCAUAUUUGCUUAUCUACAGGGAUCAUCCUAAUUAUGUGGGUGCAACUUUUCCUGGAAAAAUGUGCCAUAGGAAGUAUGCUGCAGGAAUUGCUCUGUAUCCAAAGAUGAUAAGCUUGGAGACAUUUUCUGUUAUUAUUGCACAGUUGCUGGGACUUAAUCUGGGCAUAUCGUAUGAUGACAUUAAGAAGUGUCACUGUUCAGGAGCGAUCUGCAUAAUGAACCCUGAUGCAGUGCAUUCCAGUGGCGUAAAGACUUUUAGCACCUGCAGCAUAGUAGACUUUGAAAAUUUCAUUUCGAAGCCUGGGGCUGAAUGUCUUCAGAACCAGCCACGUUUGAGCCCAAUUUACAGAGCUCCCACUUGUGGCAACUUCAUUAAGGAAGCUAAUGAGGAAUGUGACUGUGGCCCUCCAGAGUCAUGUGAAAAUAAUAGAUGCUGUGAUGCACAAUCUUGUAGACUGAAACGGGGAGCAAAGUGUAGUAGCGGAUUAUGCUGCCAGGACUGCGAGUUUAAGCCACAAGGCACAUUAUGUAGGAAUAUAGCUGACUUAGAGUGCGAUAUCAAAGAAUAUUGUAACGGGACCUCGGGAUUCUGUCCCCCUGACCUGCAUGUGCUCAACGGUCAUUUGUGUCGAAGUGGUACCUCAUAUUGUUAUGAUGGAGGGUGCCGAAAUGCUGAUUACCAGUGCAGAAAAAUAUUUGGAAAAGGUUCCAAAAGUGCUCCUUUUUCCUGUUAUGAAGAAAUCAAUAUCCAGAGGGACAGAUUUGGAAACUGUGGUUCUGAGAACAACCAAUUUUUAGAAGUUUUCUUUGGUUCCAUGCCCAUGUACUCAAUUCAAACAACAAGGAGUGGUUGUCAUCAGAGAGUUUGGUGCCCAUGUCUGAAGUUUCUGACCACUCAACAUCUAUCCUUGUACUCACUGGCCACCCUUCAUUCCCCGCAGUCAGUUUGUCCUCAGUUGAGUGGGCAAAUAGGAGAAGCCAACAAAGCUAUCUCCAGCUUCUCCUUCCUUAAGUUCUCCAGGCUGGUUCUCUCUAGUCAUCUGUCUCACUUGCAGUUUAGUUAUCGUCCAUAUCACCAUUGCCCUCCCCUCAGAUCAUUUGAAAAAGUCCUUAGACUAGCUUUACUGAAAUUCACUGUCUCUGACUUUUUUUCAAAUAAGUGUGAAAUGUAUAAUUAUUUUCUCUGCUUUUGUGUUUGUAGAGAUCUCUUGUGUGGAAAGUUAAUUUGUACUAUCCCAGCCAAACACCAUUUCACAUCUAACGCUUCAGUGAUUUAUGCAAUUGUGAGAAGAACUAUAUGUAUAACUUGGACUAUAGACUUGUCCCAAAGUGAAGGAUCCUCUUUUGGUGGAAAAUGGUAUUCAUGUGGCCUCGAUGGCAAAUUCAGGGUUUCAUUUUUACUUGGUAUUGCAGGAACUUGGUUCUGUGUUGAGCCCAGUUUUGCUCCUGUAGUAAAUAAUUUAAGGAUAUAUUUUUUCACUGGGAGAGCCUAUGAAGAUAAUACGAGGAAGAACUGGCUUCUCCUUGGUUUCUACAUUUCUCUACCCUUCCUCAUCAUUACUACCAUUAUAAUUGUAAAACGAAAUGAAAUGAAAAGAUUGUGCCGCACAGAGGAAUUACAAAGUGACGAGUACACAUCAGAAGAAAGCAACCAGUCUUGUAGUGCAAGUGAACCAAGUUCAUAAGCGGCCGCUGCUGCAGACAAGAGACAUCGCCAAUGGCUUCGCUGGAAACCGAGGGACUCGGGCAGGUUACGACGACCCGGCGAGCGGCCUCACCUCGUUCCUGUAUUUCGUUACUUGUCCCAUUGGAGGAAUUUCUUUUGGAAGCAAUAAACGUAGAGGGAGCGUGAACCAGCUUA